AUGUCUUCCCCCGCCGAAGCAGCCGGCCUCAAGUACAACACCGUCGAGGAGAUUCCCUCCAUCAACGCCUCUCUCCGCCAGGCCUUCCUCACAGGCAAGACUCGCGAUCUCGAAUAUCGCAAGAAUCAACUCAAGCAACUUGCCUUCCUCAUUACCGAUAACGAAAAUGCCUUUUGUGAUGCCUUGGCAAAAGAUUUGGGAAGAAGCAAGUUUGAAAGUAUGUUUGCUGAAAUGAUGCUUACGGUCAAUGAGGCAGUGGAUGCAGUGGAGAGUUUGAACAAGUGGGCAAAGAAGGAGAGUGUGCAUGGUGGACUUGCUUGGGGGUUCCAUAACCCACACGUUAGGAGGGAGCCAAAGGGAACGGUGUUGAUCUUGGGAGCUUGGAACUACCCAUUGACUGUCCAGCUUGGCCCCGUCGUUGGUGCCAUGGCAGCCGGAAAUUGCAUCUGCCUCAAGCCCUCGGAGCUAUCAGCCCACUGCGCAAAGCUCAUCUCCGAGCUAGCCCCCAAGUACCUCGACCCAGAGACCUUCAGAGUAGUCAAUGGUGCCAUUCCCGAAUCCACCGCUCUGCUGGACUGUCGAUGGGAGCACAUCUUCUACACCGGCAAUGGAAUCGUAGGCCGCAUCGUCGCUGAAAAGGCGGCCAAGUGGCUCUGCCCCACUUCUCUCGAGUUGGGCGGAAAGUCGCCCACUUGGGUUGACGAGACGGCCGACUUGACCAUUGCUGCCCGUCGAAUCCUUUGGGGUAAGCAGCUCAAUGUAGGUCAGACGUGCAUUGCUCCAGACUACAUUCUCUGCACGAGCAAGGUGCAGGGUGAGCUAGUCAAGAAGCUCAAGCAAGUAGCAGACGAAUUCUGGCCUAGUGGUCAGGAGGGAAACAAGGAUCAGAGUAAGAUCGUUACGGAGAACCACUGGAAGCGAGUUAGGGGAAUGCUCGAGGGUACGGCUGGUAAGAUUGCUCUUGGAGGUCCACCAGACGAGAAGUCUCAGUCUAGCAAGGCCUUCCCUGUGACGAUCAUCACCGACGUCAAAGGCGACGAUUCGAUCAUGACGGGCGAAAUCUUCGGCCCUAUCCUGCCCAUUGUCACCGUGAAGGACGUCGAUGAGGGAAUUGAGUUCAUCAAUGCCCGUGACCAGCCAUUGGUACUCUACGUCUUCUCCGACCACGCAAACUACAUCUUCGACCGAACCAGAUCUGGCGCAGCCGUCUCUGGCGACACACUCUUGCACAAUGCCGUCGGCACGCUACCCUUUGGCGGAACCGGUCCUUCCGGCUACGGGUCUUACCACGGAAAGUGGGGCUUCGAUGAGUUCUCACACAAGAGAGCCGUACUGGAGGCCCCCGCAAAGGGUGUCUUGGGAGCAAUCGUCGAGUGGCUCAUGAAGGGACGCUACCCGCCUUAUAAUCUCAAGGAACUCGCAACAUUCAAGCUCCUGGCGGGAAAAUCUCCCAAGUUCUCUAGACCGACAAACCCAACGGCUUCUAGAACUGUUGGCAAGGGACAGAAGGUAAGUAAUGCGACUUGUCUGGAGUGA